AUGCGUGGUUGCCUGGAAACCAAACCGGAACGAGGCAGAAACCAGGCCAAGCGUCACAACAGCGAGGAUCGUGUGACUGCCCCCCAGUGGCUGCAGUUCGCCCUACAGCCCUUCUACUCUCUUGUUGAGGAUGACCCUGUUUACCUGUUGGUGGCGCUGUCUGCUCGCUCCAUUCUGAACAGUUACGUGUUUGAGUCUCUGCCUUUGCCUGGACCCAUGCUCAGCUCAGAGUCCAAAAGUCUGUAUCAAAGAUGGAGAGAAGAGACAGAACAGGAGCUUCUUAUAGAACACAGAUUCAAAGACGUGAUCGAGAAGCUGCAAAAUCAUAUGGACGUCUAUAAAUCCAUCAACGUCUUCAGAAUCCAUCUGUUGAACCAAAAGGGCCUCCACAAAUAUGUGGAAUGUGAAAAGGAAUAA